AUGUCCAAAAGUCGCCAAAGACACAAACUUGAUGGAAUCUCCAUCUACGUCAAGCAGCAUCUACCCAAAUAUGUUGUAACAGAUGAACCCCGAUUCACAGAACCGAUUCCGAAUGUCACGGUAGCAGUCGGGCGCGAUGCCAACUUACCCUGCGUCGUCGAGAAUUUAGGAGCUUAUAAGGUUGCCUGGAUCCACAUAGAUCGUCAAAUGAUCUUGACGAUCCAUCGUCACGUCAUUUCACGUCUACCACGUUUCAGCGUUUCUUACGACAAUGCCAACACCUGGUUAUUGCAUGUUAGCCAGGCGCAACAGGAGGACAGAGGAUAUUAUAUGUGCCAAGUCAAUACAAAUCCUAUGCUGAGUCAAGUUGGAUACUUGCAAGUAGUCGUACCUCCAAAUAUUUUGGAUGAAAACAGCACGCAGUCUGCGGUUGCAGUUCGAGAAAACCAGAACAUCACUCUAACUUGCAAGGCUGAUGGUUUUCCUGCUCCUAAAUUGAUGUGGAGACGAGAGGAUGGACAAGGAUUUACUGUGGAUCGACGCAAAAAAGUUAUCAGGAGAGAGACGCAGGAUUCGGUCAAUCUGAUAUUAAUAUGUUAUUCAACUCAACUAUCCUUAAAAGGUCCUUUAGAAAGGAAUCUGCUGGUUGAGUUGCCUUAUAUUUUCUGGUUCUCAUUUCUAGCAAUAUCUAUCUACUGUGAGAGAGUAUUAAAUAUGCAUGGAGCAAAUGGAGGGAUUGGAGGGAUUGGAGGAUUGGGGGGUUGGGGGAUGAGAAAGUUGCAGGGAAAAGCCUAG